AUGGGAUUUUUCUAUCCAACUAUACAGGAUCUUUGUUAUAUGCCAAUUAGAUUGAGCGAAGAUUCUAAUGAAGUCUAGAAAAUAAUCAAAUUUUUAAAUGAUGACUCUAAAUCCUCAAUUUUGAUAUUUGUUGAUUAUUUUGGAAGAACUUGGAAUAAUUUAUUAUUAUUAUCAAAAAAGUUUUAAUAUUUGGUUGUAAUUGAUCAUCACUAAACAUGUGUAAAUGCUAUUUCAGAUUAUAAAAUAGAAAAUAUUAAGUCUUAAAUAAAGUGUAAGGAAUUGACAAUCUAUUUAUGUUAGUUACCCGAAACCGAACCUCUGUAGAUGGCUAUAAUGAGAAGAAGAUUGUAAUUCGAUGUUCGUUAAAAUCCAGCAAUCUUUUAUAAAUUAUUAGAAUUCGACUUGGUUUUUUAAUUAAAGAAGGAAAACAAUUAGCUAUUUAAAGAAAUAAGAAAGUUGAAAAUUUAGUUAAGUAUCGUAAAACAGUUGCAUUUGGGAAAGAUGCAGUGGGUUACGCAUUAUAUUGUGAUGAUUUAAGCAUAAUGAAUCAAUUAGGUAAUGCCUUAGGUAUUUUGGCUAUGAGGUCAGGUGAUAAAAAAUUAGGUGCUGAUUAUCAUGAUGAUAACAGUAAUUAUACUUAGUAUAAAAUUAACUUGAGAUCAGCUCAUCAUGAUGAAAAUGGAGUUCUACUCAAUAGAUUUAGAUGUGAUGUCCUUGCAGAGUCAUUUGGUGGAGGAGGUCAUGUAGGUGCAGCAUCUCUUAACAUGAAGAAAAAAGAAUAGAAAAAAUUAAUGUCUGAAUGA